UGUAUCUUUUAACGCAUAGAAGAGCUAAUGGCUCCUAUGUCCAUGAUGCAGCUCGGGCUAUUGGAGAAAGAAUUGAGGCUAUUGAGCAACGUGAUGAAUCCUCUAGACUGUUGUCUCAGAAUGAUUCGCUUGCUCAAGCUCUCAAAAAUGAGCACCUGGGUAGGUUGUGUGGCAUGGGGUUGGGGCCCACUUCUAGCCAAGUCUUCGAUAUGAAUUCCCAUCAACCGAACAAUGGUUUUGAAAGGGAGGAGAGCCAAAGGGUGCUACUUGAACUACAAGCAGAGUUGGCAGCAAAGAAAUUGAAAAGGAAGGCAAUGGAGGAUGAAGUAGCAGUUGAGAAGACCAAAAGACAGGCAGUGGAGGAUGAAGUAGCAGCUGAAAAGACAAAAAGACAGGCAGUAGAGGAUGAAGUAGCAGCUGGGAAGGUCAGGAUGCAGGCAAUGGAGAGUGCUUUGAUAUGUCUACUUCAAGGGUAAGGUGGGAAGUUGCCAUCAAACGUCGCCGCAUGGAUGAGUGUGUUGGAGGGACAGAAUAGAAAGUAGAUCUUAGGAUU